ACAUGCAUAAGAAAAAUAAAUAUCUUUAUUCUCUCAUCCAGACAUUUAAUGAAAAACAUAUUUAUGUCAUCAACGCUCCUCGGGAUUUACUAUUGAACAUUAGACAAACAAUUGGUGACGAUGUUUUGGGAUUUUUAAAAGGUUGGUCGAAAACCAAGUUUGGUGUUUAUAUUAAUCGCUUGAACGAAAGGAAUAUAUCUUAUUUGGGUGCGAGAUUUCGUUACGCAAAUACACACUGUUUUUAUUUGACCACUGGCUUAUAAUUAAUAUAAGUGUCUGAAUGAAAAAAAACCCGGGAGUUAAAUUCCCGAGAAAGGAAGUCGUAGUGGGAGUAAUCAGAUAAACCCCGUAUCUCACACAUGUCCUAAGUGGGUUAGUAUUGUUUGUGAAACCACAAAGGUGUUUAUGUGACAGUGUGCUCUUUUUGAUCCAUGUGGAUCUAGGUAAAGGAAAGCGUGCAUAUAUAUAUACUAACACAACAAACCUGACCCAAAUAGUGGAGCUACUAGAUCAAUGCUUGCAUGUUGAAAGAACUUGGAGCAGGUACCCUUUGAACUGUGCUGUCAUAAAACCUCGGCGAUAUAUAGUAUUCAGGAGAUAGAAAAAUGUCGACCAGACGAAAACUUGGAUAUUAUAUCAUAGUUUCUGUUUUAUUUAUUUUACUGACUAGACUAUGCUAUCCAUUAUUUGUGUUUCUUCAAGAGAACUUAUCAUUUUGGAAUUUGUUAUGUGCACUUUGUUUGGGUCUGGCUUUCGUUUUCAUACCCGUGUCCUCGGGUACCGUUUCUCCACAGGAUAAGGCCGUUCUUAUCACAGGUUGUGACAGUGGUUUCGGCCACAGUUUGGCUCUGAACUUGGCCAAAAGAGGAUUCACCGUUUUUGCUGGUUGUCUGUUUUUGGAUCGUGAGGGUGCACGGAGCUUGAAAGAAAGUUCCAAUAACAUACAUGUUGUGCAACUGGACGUCACGGAUGAUUGGCAAGUGCAAAAAGCCGUGCAGACCAUCAAAGAAAAUCUAAACGGGAAAGUUUUGUGGGCACUGGUUAACAACGCUGGUAUAGCAACAUUUCAAGAGAUAGAAUGGUGCUCUGUCACGCAGUUUCAGCAAAUAAUGGACGUCAACGUCAUUGGUGUUGUCAGGGUUACAAAAGCGUUUUUGCCGCUUCUUCGCGAUGGAGAGGGGCGAGUUAUUAACGUAGCUAGUCUGGCUGGUCGUUUCACCGUCCCAGCAUUUGCUGCCUAUUCUAUGUCCAAGAAAGCAUGCAUUGCCUUCUCCGAUGGAUUACGACAGGAAAUGGCAAAGUUUGGUGUCAAGGUCAUUACUAUAGAACCAGGAUUGUAUAGGACACCCAUUGUUGAAUCGGAUUACCUUAUUAACGCCAACCGGAAGUCAUGGGCUGAAACUCCAUCCGAGGUCAAGGAGGUAUACGGAGAGGAAUACUUCGAUGCAUUCUGUAAAAGUAUUUCAACGCACAUGAGGCGUGCACGUAGUAACGUCGGGGAGGUUGUUAAACAAAUGGAAGAGGCCGUUACAUCUGCCAGUCCAAAACAUCGUUAUGUUCCUUAUUGGAUGUCGGACUUAAGAGCAAACUUUCUGGGUAUUUUGCCCGAUGAAACUCGGGACAAAGUCUUCAUGAAAACGUAUAAACUGCCGACAAAACCGGCACAAACACCAAAAAGCUUGUCCAGACAAAACUCAGCUUCCCCCACAUUUAAUCUAACGCUGAAAAAUGUGUUCCGACAAAAUUCAGAAUCCAAAAAGCCCUGAAGACUUAUAUGGAUUAUCGCCUAAAAAUUGUAUUGUGUCUUUGUUUUUACAGACAAUCAUAAUUUGGAAUUUCCAAACCUCUUUUAAAAAAGGAUACUUUGAAAGGUGAUAUUUAAAAUAGGAAUUAAUUUUAAAUCUUAGAAAAAAAAAUGAUAUUAAUAUUGAGGAAUCUAAUGAUAUUGGGCCCUAAUUUUUGGAUAGAAGAAGUGCCAUUUCUUAUUGCUGUUAAACAUGACCGAAUCUCUUGGUGAAAAUGAUGGCAAUUUGUCGAUACAUCCAGUCUCUCUGGAUAGCAGUUAGCACCCUAAAGAAGGAAUAUAAACAGAAACCGCUAAUAUAUCAUUCUCUUUGGUUGUAUAAAAAAUCUUUGAAAUCCGAGCUGUGAUGUUGUAGGGCAUUGAAAAUCAAAAGCCAAACUCUGUUGUGCAAAGAAAUACCUCUUUUUAUAUCACUGGUGAAUUCAAUUAUUAUAAAAGUAUUUAUAGUGUAUAACGUAUAUCUUGUGUAUAAUGUUUUAAUUAUGUUUUUUAAAAACCUAUAUAUAUAUGUAUUUUCAGAUUUUUUAAAUAUUGAACAUAUUCAAAUAAACAUCAUAAUAACGCUA